CCCCAGCGCCGCCAUCGCGGGCCCGAUGUCCGGCGCGACGAGCGACUCUUCGCCGCGACUCCACCACUGCCGCCGCUGCGCGAGCUUCUUUCGCGGCACGUCCAGCAAACCGUAGGGCCCGAGGGCCUCGAGGUCGUCGAGCAGCUCCGGGUCCAGCAGCUCCUCGAAACUGGCAAAGCCGCGCGCCGCGACGAGGUGCGCCGCGAGCGCGUCGGCCUUUUGGUCGGUGAGCUGGAGCUCGGCGACGAGCUGGGACGCCAUCAGCGCGGCGCGGGCGCGCUCGGCGGCAUCCAGCGGGGGUGGCGGUGGCGGCAUCGGCGGACUUCGCGGCGUCGCGGUCCUCGGUGUCAACGCCGGCGUGGUCCUGGCGGACGCCGACGUGGCGGUCCUCGGCGCCGGUCCUUUUGCGGGCGCCGGCGUCGACUGCGACGCUCGCGCCGCCACCCCAGCCUCUGGUGGUGCCGGCGUCGCGUGCCCGGGCUUUUUGCGCGCCGCGAGCGCCCGCAGCCACGCCGCGGCGUCGCGCGCGCCGCGGUCGUCGGCGUAGUCCACGGGCAGGCGGCCGUCGCGAUCACGAGCGAUCAACAGCGCGUCGCCGCCGUCGUCGGCGUCACGCGCGAGGUCGCCCAGCGACUUCAGGCUCCGCAAUAUGUGCACGUGGCCCUCCCACGCCGCGAAGUGCGCCGCUGUGCGGCCGUAGGCGUCGCGGGCCGCGACGUUCGCGCCGAGCUCGGUCGCGAGGCACCGCAAAGCUUUCAACCGGCCGUUCCGCGCGGCCACGUGGACGGCCGUCUCGCCCGUCGCGUCGCAGGCCGUCUCGACGCCCGCGCCGAGCUCGACCAACGCUUUGAGGGAGGGACAAUCGCCGACCCAGGCCGCGCGGUGGAUAGCGCGCCAGCCGUCGUCGUCGACGGCGUUUAUGUCGGCCCCGCUCGCGACGAGGCACCUCAGACUGGCGACCUGCCCGUGCACGGCUGCCCUAUGUACCGCGCACCAGCCGAGCUCGUCCUUUGUGUUGACAUCGCACUGCUUUGCCAGGGUUUUUAUCUGUUUGAUGUCGCCGUCGCGCGCCGCGGCGACGAGCGCGUUUGUUGUGGACAUCUCCAUCCAGUGAAAAAAAACGCACCGGGCAGAAUGGUGGGAAUCACUCCACCAUCAAUGCGCUUUGAUGGGCAGCCGCCGCAUCCCCAAAAAACCAAAAGC